AUGGUACUACUACCGUUAUUGUGUCUGUUGCCAGUCUUGGUGUUCUCCACCUCAACCUUAAACCCUACCAUUAAACCCAGAGUUACUAUAGAAAAGGAUGGUAGCAUUUCAGUUUACGUCCACAAUGAAGUCAGUGUCCAGUCAGUAGACAUACAGGUGACUAUUUUGAAACCAUUCCAACUUUAUAAUUUUGUUGCCGAUUUUAAUAAGGUGACAAGUGAAUGGUGGAUUAAAACACCUGUCAAUAACCUGGAAGAUGUCGAAUCAUUUGAAUUGGCUGUGUUUUAUUAUUAUCAUGUUGAAAAUAAUCAUCAACCUCAGAGGAAAAUGUACACUGAAACAAUUCUUGUUAAUCAAGAGACUGGUCUACAACCACAACCUCAUCAGAUAAGUAAAAGAGAAGUAACUGUUUUAUUUGAUGAUUUUAAUGGUAAUCAAUUAAACAUGAAUAACUGGAUGUAUGAAGUUACUGCUAGUGGUGGUGGGACAUUUACUGCUGACAGAUUUGGUGAAAAUUUCCUACAAAAUGGUAAAUUAGACGUCAAAGGACAAUGGGGAUCGUGUACAGCUAGUUUUAAUAACGGAUGUUAUAGAACAGGAUCUAAUAUACCACCUAUCAUGUCAUCAAAGAUCAUUUCUAAAGUUAAAAUAAGCCACGGAAGAGUUGAAGUAUUAGCUAAAAUACCAGUUGGUGAUUGGAUUUGGCCAGGCAUUUGGUUGUUGCCACCUGAUGGUGGAACUGGUGUUUAUGGUGGAUGGCCCAAUUCUGGAGAAAUUGACAUCAUGGAAUCGCGAGGCAACAAAAACCUGAAAGAUGUCCAAGGCCACAUACAAGGUGUAAAACAAACAUUGUCUACCAUACAUUUUGGCAAUGGCCGACCCAAUCAUAGACAACAUGGUCAUUGGAAAUUAAAAACUGAUGGAAGUACCUGGGCCGAUGAUUAUCAUUUAUAUGCCGUUGAUUGGACACAAGAUCAUAUCAAAUGUACUGUUGAUGGUAAUCCUGUAUUAGACUGGAAAACUCCUCCAGAAGGUUACUGGAAACAUGAAAAUUUCUCUGGUAAUAAUCUUUGGGCUAAAGGUGGUCCUGAUGCCCCUUUUGACGGUCAGUAUGACCUGAUUUUAAAUGUAGCCGUGGGAGGAACCGGGGGAUAUUUCCCUGACGGCUGGAACAAUGGAGCUGAUGGUAAACCGUGGAAAGAUAGCUCAUCAACAGCCAUGAGUGACUUCUGGAAUAAUCGUAGUAAAUGGCAACAUACUUGGCAUGGUGAUGACGUGGCAAUGAAAGUCAAAUACGUUAAAAUGGUGCAAUACAAUUAA